AUGGCGAGAGCAUUGACUAUGACCAAAGCUCGUGCGCAACAUGACACCAUCUCUGUUCCAGUGUUGACAUAUACCGACGCCCUGCCACGGGAUGACCUUCGCGAUAUCACCGACUCCCAGCGACAGAUAAACCAUGUCAAACAACAUCUCCCACAGCCCGCAUCGGCUCAUGAACGGUUAUCGAAAAAGCUGCCAAGUCCAAGCCCCAGUACGAAAUUCGAUUUUCAACUCACAGCGCCACCAGAAGAAGACAUUCCUACGAGCGCGAGAUCCAACCGAAGCCCUGUUGGUAUGCAUUCAAUAGGCGUCGCUUUGGGCAGUCCCGGAUUGGUGGACGCACAGGGAACGCUACCUCCACCGCGGUUCAAUGUAGGAAUGUUUGAUGAGGAAGGGUCCCAACCGCGGAAGUCAAGCAAAUGGAAGAAGAUUGGCGGUUUGUUCAAGGCAAAGAAUGCUUUGACCUCGCCCACGGGUACUCGGACUGGUCCUCAGAAGGAGAUGGGACCAAAAGAUAAACCGAAUAUGAACACCAGGGCGCCACGAAAGAAGGACGAUGUCACCGAGGAAUGGCCAAAGAUCGAGGUCGAGCCCAAAGUUGGGAAUAGUAUCAGCCCGAAGCGAAGCCGGAAAUUUUCUCUCUCGGGUAGAAAGGAUUCCAAGGACAAGGGACUUGGAGGCCUAGGCCUUAUGCUGGAUGUCGACAUUCCCGAUGUGCAGAUGGAACGAUACAGCGUCAUGUUUAGCAAUGUCAUGACCAAAAACCACAAGCCCUCGCUGCUGGCCAGGAGGAGCAAGACGCUGGAUAAUUUGCGCGUACCCAGUGCUCAGGACUUUUUGACUGCAAAGCUACCACCCGUUCCACAACGACGCGCUACCUCGCCGUCGCAUGCACGAUCGAGCUUUACCCUUUUCCCCAGCUCACAACCAUCCAAGGCUGCACAGGCCCUUGCUACACAGAAUUUCUCACGCGGACCAAGCCCCUUGCUAAGAUCCAAUACGCUUCCCGUGGAGAGCCCCAAGCCAGUACCAUCACCACGAGAUCUACCCCGUCCAUUCCAUAAUAAUAAUAGUACUUCCUCGUUUGGAUCACCCGUGAUUCCCAAGCUAUUCUCGGACCGUUCCAAUACCCCGACAUCAACAAACAGUUUUCGCAAGGAAGACAAACCUUUACCAGCUAUCAAGCCCGAGCCGCCGGCCGCUCGGUCGGGAAUAUCCUCACCGCAGAUCCAGAUCCAGGCCCAAGUUCAGGCGCAGAUCCCCCAUCAUCCCAAACGGUCCCAGUCAGACAGAAACAUGAGAACAAUCAACACUGUUCAUCAGCCCGAGAGGAGCAUAACAGAACCAACUCGCCCGGCAAAACCCAGUCUAAAAGUUCAGACGGAGAUGAAAGGACCGCCUACCCCAGCCAAAGACAGAACCACACCGAAGUCGGCACCAGCCCUAUCAACCAAGCUGUCAACAAGGGAGCAAGUGUCCCGCAUCAUGUCACCUGUACUAGUCCAGUCCCCCAUGGAGAUGAAGCCAUUACCACUGAAGGUCCCCAAGCCGGUUGUCACAGAGCGCGAAAUCCGCAGCCCAGUUUCGAAGCCCAAGAAAAAAGGACCAACAAUCCAAGUCUCCACUGCGCGAUCGAUAUCUGUAUCGAAGGGCAAACGACAGAUGCUCGUUCCAAUCGGAGCACGAGUGGAUCAAUUAAGUCCCAAUGAGCGCUUCGUUGACCGAAAAGCCUUGACGGCGAAGGUUAUGGAUGUGCAUCAUGGACAUCGGCAUGGAGUUUCUCAAGAACUUCAGAUUGAGUCGAUGUGA